UUUUUUCGAUGCUACUAUUAUUAAAACAAUGGUCUAAAGAAUGGCAUUAUCUUUCCUUCCGAAGGAAAAACAUUUCUGGCUCAAAAUCUAAAAAUCAAACCCUAGAAAGCUUGAAUUUAACUCUUACGUUCCUAAUUCAAUCACAACAACUCGCAAGAUCCGGUACUUAUCCGAAUGUCUGAUUCUGCUGCUGAGAUAUUGAUUCUGCCGCCGACGACGAAAAGAUUAAAACUCGACGAGAGUGAAAAUGAAGACAGACUUAAUGACUUACCAGAAAGCGUUAUCCUUCACAUUUUGUCUUUUUUAAACACCAAAAUUGCUGUUCAAACCUGCGUUUUAUCCACAAGAUGGAAGGAUCUCUGGAAACGUAUUCCCGCUGCUACAUUGCAUUCUUCAAACUCUCGAGCUUGCAAGAAAUUCACCAAAUUAGUGUCUAAGGUUUUAUCUCUUCGCGAUUCCUCUAUCUCAUUGCAAACUCUUGAUUAUAGGGGUGUUCAUGGUAACUUUGAAGCUGACGUCAAAAGGAUUGUGAAUUACGCUCUUUCACACAAUGUCCAGCGGUUAGUACUUUUUAUCAAUGGCGACAUUGCGCAAAUUCCACCUAGCAUGUUUUCAUGCCAGACUUUAACAUUUCUUAAGCUUUCUAUUUACCAUGGAGAUCAUGAAACACUGUUUCCAAAAUCGCUCAAUUUGCCGGCAUUAACCAACUUGCAGCUAGGCAAUUUUACAUUUGGGGUUGACGAUAAUGACCGUGCCGAGCCAUUUUCAAAGUUUAACCGGUUGAAUAGUUUGCUCAUUUGCAAUUGUACUGUGACGAAUGCACUAACUCUUUGCAUAUCAAGUGUGACACUUGUCGAUUUAACUAUAUAUAAUCACAAAUACAACUUUUACAACAUUGAUCUAUGCACUCCCAAUCUUUGUAAAUUAGUGUUUGCCGGUACUCCUUAUCAGAGACUAUCUGGAAGCAAUGUUUCUUCUCUUAAACAUUUAGAUAUCGAUGCAGCAAUAUCUCCAUAUAAAGAGGAGCCUCCUUUGAUUCUACUCAGUUGGCUGCUAGAGCUUGCCGAGAUAAAAUCAUUGACAGUUACUCCAGCUGCUCUCCAGGUUCUCUACUUCAUUCCUAAUCUAUUGAAGUUUAAUCUACCUUCCUUGCAUAACCUGAAGUUAUUGAAAUUGAGAAUGGAAGAAAUUUUUUAUGGAUUUCGCAUGACAUUGAGGGAUACCAAGUUACUGACAGCCAAGUCAAAGAGAGAAGCUGCUAGGAUACGAAAAGCAUUUAAAGAUGGAUUGGAACUAUAUCAUAUACCCGAUGGAGUAGUGGAAUUCUUGCUUCAAAAUUCACCGUUAGCACAAGUAGAGUUUACAGUUAGGCGACCUUAUAAAGAAAAGAGAAUUUAAUAAUCGGUUUGUUUCUUGUUUUCUUCUCUGUUUAUAAAUUUAUUGAUAUUCAUGGAGAAGUUGAAGGAGAGAACUUAUGUUUAUUGUGCACUUGCUCAAACUAACUAAACUGUAUUAUAUUCUUUAUUGUUGAUCAUAUGAUUUGCUUAUUAUGUUAUCUCAAUGACUCUGACUCUGUUAUUGUCAUUCAGAAUUUGCACCACUGUACUGGUUCCUCAAUUCGAGUUCAAGUUGUCUCACUUGAAUUUUACUUAUGAAACUUAAAAUUGAGCUCAUGGAACAUUUUAAAAGCAAAUGAAAGCGUAUGUGUAGGUAGCAUCAUAACUCUAAGAGUUUAUAACACUAAAAUCAUUUUAACUAGCAUAAUGUUUAGCAUGAGUGAAUUUAAAAUGAUUU